AUCAACAGGUAUCAAAGUUCAAGAGUUUACCCACAGCGUUCUUAUUCACAGCGUCUGAGUAAGAGUUAACAAUCCAGAGGACUGAACUUCUUGCUGCAAAGUAAAAAAACAAGCUGAUGUUUAGAUAUUCAGGUUCUAAUCUAUUCAUGGCUGGACAUGUAGCCUUGCGUUCAGUUGAUACAGCAGUUUUCCAGGUGUUCCUUAGGUCCACCACAGCCCAUCUGGAAUUUAAGAGAAAUGCAGGUCGAAAUGCUACAACUUCUGUUCCUCCUGGGAGUUUCAGGACUGAGGCUGACCUCCCUGUGAUCACUCUUCCCACAAUGCUGUACAGGUUGAUCUUUAAAGGGUACUACAAUCGGAUGCAUGAGCUGCAGUUAUAUGAAAAGCAACUAUAUGGCCCCAUGUAUAAAAUAAGAAGCGGCAACAGCUAUAAAAUCUUUCUGAAUAGUGUGGAGCUUCUGGAGGAAGUGAUGAGGAAAGAUGAUAAGUUCCCAAGCAGAGGAGACACUCUCUGGAGUGAAUACAGAGAUAUGAAAGGUUUGGGCUAUGGACCUGCUACUGAAGAAGGAGAGAAAUGGUACCAGCUCCGAUCUUUGUUGAACAAGCGUAUGUUGCAUCCAAAGGACUCUGUGAAGUAUGAGAAUGUGGUUAAUGAGGUGGUCACAGAUUUUAUCAAACGGAUAUGCCAUCUACGGCUAAUGAGCUCCACUGGAGACCUGGUACCAAACAUAUCCAAUGAGCUUUACCGCUUCUCUCUGGAAGGAAUCUCCCGCAUAUUGUUUGAGACUCGAAUUGGAUGUCUUGAAAAUGAGAUUCCAGCUGAGACUCAAAACUUCAUCAACUCUAUUGGGCAGAUGUUCACUUAUACUAUGGCUGUGACUCUGCUGCCAAAGUGGACUCGCAAAUAUUCACCAUUCUGGUACUGUUACAUAAGUGCUUGGGAUGGAAUCUUCAAAUUUGCCUGCAAGCUAAUUGACAGGAAGAUGGAGGAUAUUCAGAUGCGCCUGGAUGCAGGUCAGGAAGUUGCAGGAGAGUAUCUCAGCUACUUGCUUACCAACACUAACAUGAGCAAAAAAGAUGUGUAUGGAAGUGUUGCUGAACUGCUUCUAGCAGGAGUGGACACAACAUCCAACACUAUGAUGUGGGCCUUAUACCAGCUGUCACAAAAUCCAAAGAUACAGGACACACUGUAUCAGGAAGUUAACAGCAUCAUCAAGGGGGACAAAAUUCCAACAGCUGAGGACAUAACAAACAUGCCAUACCUCAAGGCUGUCAUCAAGGAAACUCUAAGAAUGUACCCAGUUGUUCCUACAAAUGCACGCCUUCUUUCAGAAAAAGAUGUGGUUAUCGGAGGACACUUCUUCCCUAAGAAGACAGUGUUUAUAAUGAAUCAUUAUGCAAUCAGUCACGAUGAGAAAAUAUUCCCUCAACCAAAAGUCUUCAAGCCUGAACGCUGGUUACGGGAUGGGAGGGAGCGACCAUACCCAUUUGGAUCCAUUCCAUUUGGGUUUGGAGUGAGAGGAUGUGUUGGUAAACGUAUCGCUGAGCUGGAGAUGCACUUGGUACUGGCAAGGAUAAUAAAGCAGUUUGAAGUCAAGCUGGAUCCCAAUGUGGAAGCAGUCAAAGCUCUCAGUCGUAUUUUGCUUGUGGCAGACAAAACAGUCAAUUUCAAUUUUCUGCAGAGGAAACAUAUAACCACUUAAAGCUCCUCUAAGCUUUUACAUCAACUAAGCUAAGCCACUAAAUAAAUCCAUAGGUCUCAAUAAAACGUCUUAAAGCUUUUUCCCCCAGAAAGAUUCAUACUAUGAUAUCACUAUGUAUCACUAAGAUCCUGCCAUAUGGCACAGAGAGAUUGCACUAGAUUUGUGGAUUAAUUCAUUGGGGAACUUUUUGCAUGGAUUUCAUAGUAAAGUUCCAGUUCCAGCAUUAUGUUCCACUUUCUUCAUUUCUAUGAAAUCUUUAAGCACACAAAUGUAUGAUUAUCAGUGUUCAGAUUUUUUUUACUGCCAUUCAGAUAUAUUUGAAAGAAUAUUGUAAAACUACAGCUGCCUAAAAGCAAUAAAAUAUACUAUGUUUACUCCUAUCAAUACUUUGCAGGUGGAGACAUUUCAUGAAGAAUUAGGCAACACUUACUCAGUGUGGGGGGUCUUUUUUUUGUCAUUUUGCAUUUUGGGUUAACCUAAUUCAAAUCUUCUUUUUAUAUAUAUUUUUUGCAUAUUUUUUUACUUUUCAUAAAAGGCUAAUUUACAAAUGUCUGAAGGCUGCAUG